AUGAAAGACCAGAAUCUUCAAAGAAAAAUACAGCAGUUACAGAGCAUGCUGGGGGAAAUAAACAGAUAUUUACAGGGGUCAGCAUCAAAACCACCCGGGGUGGUUACAAGACUAUUGGAAGAAAAAAGCAGGAUAACCUCACAGUUAAGAGAAUUGAAUAAUAUGCACUUGGGGAAACCAGAAGAAUCCGAUGGUGGACCAGGGAAUCUUUCAUCUGUGUAUAACUUAGCAGGGAAAUUAGAGAAAGGGAGAGAGUACUCACAAGUAGAACAACAAUUUCAUGAUCCAUUAGAUGUACGGUUAGAGAUUGAAGAAAUUCUUCAAGAAAUGGGGGUUACAACGGGAAUAGAUAGUAUAUCAAAAAGGAUUUUAUUGAGUGGUACAGAUGUAUUCAUUGAUAAUUUAAUAUCUACUGCAUGCUCUGCUGCUAGGAAUAAGAAUUUAGAAGAACUCACAAAGGAAGAUAUUUUAUUUGCCAUGAGGAUGGAGAGGAAUACGCAGUUGUAUAAUAAAUCUACAACAACCGCACACAGAGAACCUGAUAAAGAACACUUAAAAAGACUGCACACAAUACAGAAGGAUAAGAAAAGGUGCUUGGGGAAUGAGUAG